AAAAUGAAAUUCCUUCUGGUUUUAUCCUGCUUGGUCCUUUACGUGGCCCUUACAACUGCCCAAAGCUGCCGGGGGCUUCCUCGCCGGCAGGACUGCCUUAACGGAAAAGACGAAGGAGUUCGCCAUCUGCCGCAUUGUACUAGUGAUCCCAAUAACGAGAUGUGGUGGUACAGCCGAGUAACCAAUGAAUGCUUGAAGAUGAGGUACCACGGAUGUGGUGGCAACAACAAUCGCUAUUGCACCAAGCUCGAUUGUGAACGGCGCUGCCCUUAG